CAGUCUUCUUCCGUCUUCCUUAUCUCAGCUAGCUCAGGCAGGUAGUGACGCUAAAUCCUUCGUACCCUCCAGCCACACCUUUUUAAAACCAAUCACACCCCUGACCUCCCCCUCCCACGAAUUUAGCAUCUCUACAUAGUCUGAGGCAUCUCAGGGGAUUUUAGCCUCUUUCAAGUCAACCAAAUUUAUUAAUUAUAAUCAUCAAUUUUUGUAUAAUAUUAUAUUAUAAUAUUUGAUCAUUAUGGAAAGCUUUUCAGAUUUGCCUGCCUAUCCAUCUUCUCCUCGCCAACCUCUUAGUAAUCACCCAGUUAUACCGCGUCUCACAUCAGAAUUAUCCGACCCUCCUACCACACCGCCAGCAAAUCCUGAAGAAGAGGAAGAGGAAGAGGAAGAGGAAGAGGAGGGGGAGGAGCAGGAGGAGCAGGAGGAGCCCGAGGGUAUCCCCGCAGGCACCCCUAUACCAUCUACAACUCGCAGGCCGGGGAGGGUUGCAGCUGAUACAAUAAAAUACUGGAAUCAAAGGCGGCGUUAUGGCUACUCCUUUGAAACAUUCAUGGAAGAUUGGCUUUUAGGAAAGGCGGCAAAUGAUGCAUACAUAGGGUCAAGAGCAUCUCGAAUGGCUCGGGUGCUAAAAAAGCCAAAUAUUCGAAAGCGUUUAGAGGCAGCCGGCGUCCGAUUACAGUUUGAUGGCGAAGGUGAUAUAGGCGUAUUGCACACAGCGGGCCUUGUUCGCGACGAGCUAUCUGAUUUAAUAUCUCAACCUGCCUUCCGCGCUUUCGAUCCCGAGUCGUUUUCAGCGCCGGGCGACGCGCCUUGCGCCGUCAAAGAUGUCUGCAAUACGGCCUGGAUUAGCAGCGCUAUCGAGUCCUCUUGGCCUCAAAUACAAGCCACGUCGCCUAGCCUCGCUACGGCUUUAACAGCCGUACUUGCAAACCAGCGAGCUGGCCGGAAGUCGUACGUAGCCAAGCCUGACAUUUUUGAGUCACAUAAGGCUAGGGCAUAUAUGAUAGCUGCUUUGUGCGCAGGCGCUUAUGCGCCAGUGCAAAGUAAUUUCUUGCCUAUGACAAUAGGCAUAUACCUCCAUAAUAACGGGGUACCACGUCGGGUGGUAGAAACGUUUGCUCGGUUUGGUAUAUCAGCCGGGUAUAGGAGUGUUGUUAAGCAGCUAGAUCAGAUAGCCUCUCAGUCACGAGUACGUAUUAGUGGCAUAGGGUCUCCGGAGGGUUAGGUUAAUAAAAAAAGAGAUACGUAUAGGAAAAUCUUAAACGCGCAGCCCACGAUCCUACCUUACCGUCAAUGGGGGGGUAUAAGGAACGGUAUAUAUUCAGCUCAAUAUUUUAAGCCGUGCAUAUACCGUUUAUUACAAUAAACGCUUAGACUUAUUUACGUAUCCAGGUUUCUACCACUCAUUUAAUUGAAUAGUAUAUAUACGGCUCCCUUACCGCACGUGUUAAUUUUUUAAAACGUAUAUGGGUUUAAGCCAUAUCUAUACCGUUUAAUUCAAUGAGCGGUAUAGAUACCGCUUAAUCAGAAUGAGCCGUUCAAAAAUUGAACCGCUCAGAGAUUUGAG